AUGUCCAUCCACUGCCUGCAGAUUGUGCAAAAACUCUUCAACUUCCUGAGUGACCAGCAGGUCCACCUGGAAAAUGUGGACUUGGACAACAUAGUUAAUGGAAAUUCCAGCCUCAGCCUGAGCCUCAUAUCUAUCAUCGUCCUUGGCUUCCAGAUUCAGUUACAAAGUGAUUAUGUGAGAAAUGUUGCCUUUGUAGAAACAGCAUCUCAUAUCCCAGGACAAUUUUGCAUUCAACCUGGCCACAGUGAAGGGGGCUGCGAAGAAACAGGAGGAUAUCAACAUAUUGUGAAUGUGACCAGGCCAUCAUGGGUGUACUGUAGUAACUCACAGAUGAAAACUACCAUGACUUUGACGGAAUCAGUGCCAGAAUCGAGCACCGUGGCAGCCGCGAAGGAAGUGGAGGGGCCGCCGGCCGGGGACCUGGCCGGGCUGCUGGACGCGGGGCCCGGCGCCGUCGUCACGCUGGAGGGCGCCGCGCUGCGCCACCUAGUGGCCUACCUCUACACGCUGCAGGCGCCGCAGCUGCCCGGCCUGGCCCCCCAGCUACUGGCAGCUGCCGACGAGUACGGCUUGCCGGAGCUGAAGGCUGCCUGCGAGCGGCAGAUGGCCGGGCAGCUCACCGUGGAGAACACGGCGGCCGCGGCGGUGGUAGCGCUGAAACACUCCUGCGCCAGCCUCCAGCAGGCCGCCGUCGCGUUCCUCAAGGCCAACACCCACAGCGUGAUGAUGACGCAGUGCUGGGCAGACGCUGUGGUCAACCACCCGCACUCUGUUGUCGAGCUGACUCGCCUGAUUGCAGCGCCACCUGCAGAAACUAGGAGCAUUUCUGAGCAGGAAAGAGGUAGAAGGUUGAUCCAGGCAGCUAAGCUGGGGAUGGAGGAGGAACUGCAGGUGCUGCUGGCGGCAGGAGCGAACGUGAGGGUGAGGGACGAAAACUGGAGCGGAUGGACCGCCCCGCACUGGGCAGCACCGUGGGGGCACGUGGGGGGUAGUGAGGCGUCUCGUGCAGGGCGGGGCCGAGCUCGACGCCAGGGACCACUGCCAGAGCACGCCUAUGCACUUGGCUGCGUUCUCUCGCCACGCCACCGUCGUGAAGAUGCUGGCGGCGUCCUCUGCGGAUCCCGAUGCCAGGAACCACUGGGGAGCGACGCCCCUGCCCUGUGCGGCUUACUGCGGCUACGCAGAUGUCGCAGCUGCUCUGCUGGAAGUCGGCGCCAGCCUGGAGGCGAGAGAGAACAUGGGCAGGACGGCCCUGGACCUCGUAAGGCUGAACAAACACGAGCACCUCGAGAAGAUGCUAUCUUGAAGCUCCUUCACUCGUCUGAGGAUGACCUUUCCUUAUUUUCAAAAUAA